AUAAAAACUUUUCCCUGUUGGCGAAUUUCAUCGAGUUUGACUUUGAUCUUGGAAUUUUAGAGGGACACACACACACACGAGAAUAACGAUCAGUUACCACAACGACAGCUGUGAGCCGUGAACAAGUGUUGUUUCUUCUUCUCCUUUUUUUUUUUGUGUUUGGUCGUGUAUGUGUUGUUGUUGUGUGUGUACGCGUGUAUGUGAUAUUGCAGUUUAGCGUUUGGCUUUCGGUGGGUGCGUCACCAUUUUUUGCCUCGUGGUCGCAAGUUUACACGUCCCCCUCGUGUACGUGUGUGUGUCUGUGCAGUGGCGGCCAUUGGAGCUAACAAGUGUUGAUGUUUCGCGGGCUGCCAUGACACGAGGAUUCGACAGCCAAGUCAAGUGUCGGACCGAUUAGAACGUGGAAACAUUCCGCGGGCACACGUGGACACGCGAGACCAAGUGUUUUUUUUUUCAAUCUCUCGAUGAGCAACUGUUCGAUCAUCAAGACUCUGUGCCUAACAUACUGCCAUUUGAACAGUGGACCUCGUGCAAUUGUCUUUUCAUCAUCACUACACCGCCUACAUGGUUUACCUGGGAGAAGGAGCGACGGUGGCGACCAGCGGAGUGGAGCGCUUCUUCACCGCCAGCAACAAGAAUUGCAACAGUAACAGCAGCAGUAGUAGCAGCAGCAGCAGUAGUAGCUCUAGCAGCAGCGGCGGUAGCACCUCGAGCGGCGGUUGCAACACGACGGGACCGCCUUUUCGACGACCCCCGACGGCCGCCGACCCCGUCAUCAUGCACCCGACCAUCAACUACAAAGAGAAACAGGCCGAGUGUCCGCCAAUCCAAAUGGAGCCUGUCGACUUGUCAGUGAACAGUCGAGGAGCAGGUCACCUGCUUUUAACAGACACGUCGAGCAGACGACGCUCAUCUCGCUCUCCCGAGUCCCGUAAAAGGCGCUCAUCACCGGCCAACGGCAUCAUCGACUUGCGAGUCAACAAAUCAGCGCCAGAAGCAGCGCGCGUCGAGAUGAUACCGAGCCAUCAGUGCACGUUACGAACGACGUCCAGCGCUCUCCUGACGCACCACCAUCGCAGCCUGAAGGAGGAGCCCAUCUUUAGCCAUGGAGACACCAUGUUCGAAGACGAGGACGACGAUGACGAAGAUGGAUUCCUUCCCGGCUAUGACAUGACUUUGAGCCAAAGACCGUUGUCCUCCUCAUCGGCGAGCCCCUCGCACGGCACGUCGACAAAUAACGGAUUGAGCCCGCACAGACAUUCGUCGCCGGGCGACUCGCCUCCGCCGCCGCCCAGUUCGGCCGCCUCCAUCGGCGAUUUCACCGACAGCCUACGAAGGCGCAAAGUCCACAAGUGCGAUUUCGAAGGAUGCGAGAAAGUCUACACGAAAAGUUCGCACCUCAAAGCCCACAAGCGGACGCACACAGGUGAAAAGCCGUACCAGUGCACGUGGGACGGUUGCACUUGGAAAUUUGCACGGUCCGACGAGCUGACCCGCCACUUCCGGAAGCACACGGGACAAAAGCCGUUCCGUUGCCACCUGUGCCAGCGCUCGUUCUCACGAUCCGACCAUCUGUCACUGCACAUGAAGCGACACUGAUGUCGACGAAAGUCGGCUUUCUAUACAUACUGUACUUUACGCAGCCGAGCAGCGCAUCAGCGCACACACACACAGCACAAAAGAUCACGCCAGCUGACACUCUUUGCGAUGCGGUAGCUGUCCGCGGUGGCUAGCAGACGGGGGCGAACAAGGGCUGAAAAAGAGACGUCGACAUCAUCAUCAUCGGCCAGAGCGAAACAUGGCGAUAUUCACAACACUCACACAGACACGCAGAACAACAGAAACAUCAACUGCAACACAGUCCCAACUAUCCCAACUACGAUGAAUGUACUUUUUUGUAUUCCUUUUCCUUUUUUUUUUCAUUUGCUAAAUGGGAAGGCAAAAAACAGCGAAAUCAACUUAUUUUUAUAUUUUUUUUCUCUUUGGAGAAAUUGAAAAUUUGCUUCUUUUUUUUUUCCCCCCGUUUCGAAUUACACCUUGUUGGAUUUUGUGAACGAAUGGAGAGCAACAACUCUGACACCGACACAUGCGCGCUCUCGUGACGGGUUUUUUCAACCCCCUAACGGGCGGUACGCGCGUUCGUUUUUUUUUCUUUUUCCCCUGUAUCCCGUACGACUUCCAAUACGCUUGAUCAAACCUCAUCCUCCUGUCUUUAUUAUCAAUAUUACUAAUCAUCAUUCUCGUUGUUUUUGCCGGGGCCUGUCCUGUUUUUUUUUUUUUUUUUUUUUUUUUAUUGUGACUUUCGAAUCUGGCGAUCUCACAUCGAUGUUGUUGGAUCAUAUCGCUCUCUCUCUCUCGUCCCUCUCUGCCGUUUCGCCUUAGUGAUGUCUGAUCUUUCACUAGUGUUAACGAAGGGAGUGUUUCUCUUCCAUCGCUUUUUUUUUUCUUUCCUCCGUUGCCGCCCUUUUUUUUUUCGUUAAUUGUAAAGUGGCUAAAAAGCAAAAACGAGCUCGCCUUUCAAAUGCCACUCCCUCUACAUUGUAUGUUUUUUGUCGCUUUGAUCAAAUCUACACCGUAUGUUGCUACAACGUAUCCCCCCCCCAAUCCGUCCACCAAAGAGAAGCGAAGAGGAAUAAGAAAUUCGAAAUGCAGAAAAGAAUUCUUAAUUUUGUUUUUCUCCCUCCGUUUAUUCUGCCUUUUUUUUUGUUUUGUUUUUUUGUCUCCCAUCUCCUCCGUGCAUCGAUGCAUAUCAUAAGAAUAUUGUAAUGCGGCCCGAAAGUUGGGUAAAGAAAUGUUUCUUCUCGCCUCUUUGAAUUCGUUAGCAAGCAAAAAAGCGCCAAACAACUAUCUUGGUGAUUUAUGUACAACGAGAAAAACAAAACAAAAAAUUCAGCCCAACGCCCGAAAUGGAGGGGGGAAAAAACCGAGAAGAAGAAGAGAGGUGCAGCGCGUGGCGCAUAUCGUUCCUCAUUUGGGCUGCGAAAAAAAAAAAAAAAGAUAUUGUGAUAUUCCUCGAGCGAAACACUUAGACUGGCUGCUUAUUUCUAUCAACAACAGGCACACUGUAUACACACACACACACACACCCACAAAGAGAAAGGCAGCAAUAGGAAAGGCCGGGACGUGGACGAUUGUAGUUGUACCAAAGACCCCCCCCUCCCCCCCCCGUAAAGAGAGUUGAAAGAAAAAGGACGAGAACACACAGCGUGAUUGGCAACCCACACGCCCGCGAUUGAUAUUAUACUCGGUCUGAAUUCAAUGAGAUCAUCACUUAAAAAAAAAUAAAUCAAAUAGAAUGAAACACAGCUGUCGACUUUUUCUUUCUUCUCGUUUCGCAUCCGCCUCAUUCGUGCGCAGUCGUCAAAAGGAGAAAGAUGUACUGAAGGCAUUCUUUGCAUAUCGUGCCAUUUACAGUGAACGUGUGCGCGGUCAUCCUAUUCUAUUUUUUUCCCCCUUUUAUUUUUGUUUUAGAGCUCUCUUUUUUCUAACCCUGAAAUUUAUUUAAAUAUUUCUUCCUCCUAAUUCUUUCCCCCCCUUGCGUUGCUUUGUUUUUCAGUGUCUUAUGAUUCGUUCGCGUCUGCGUGUCCCGUUUUAUUUUGGAAGCCCUUCUUUUUUCUUUUUUCUUUUUUUUUUUGAUUAUUAUUAUUACAUGUAUAUGCCUCGUUUCUUUCAGUUUCUCACCCUCGUAUAAAUAUUUUUUUUUUUUUUUGUUCGUGUGUUGUUUUUUUGCGCCCGGAAGCAGCCAUAGGGUCUUAUACCUCAUCACAUUCCAAAAGGAUAUGCAAUAACAAUUCAGCGUACCGUAUACUAUAUAUGUAUAUAAUUUUUCCUCGUCUUUUUUCUUUAAGGUUUUUUAUUCUUUUUUAUUACUUGAUAAAGAAAAAUAGCAAGUUGCAACAGAUACACAGAGAAAGAAUAAGAAAUCUAACGUUGGGAGAAUAAAAAGAGUUAUCACACACAGAGACAUUCACGACCGUACGAAGUGAGGGCGUGAACACAUAAGAAGAUUCUCCACCCUUAUCCUGCCCAGUUUUUCUUUUCUCUGUUUUUCGUUUUUUUUAUCCGUUUUUGCUUUUGGUAUGUCUGUCAUUCGCCAUGAAAACAGUUCCAUAGUAUAGGCGCACAUAUGCAGGAAAAUAGGAAAGAAGAAGAACAACAAAAAAAAAAAGAGAAUUUUAUCUCAUUUUUAUUUUUUAUUAUUAUUAUUAGGAAGACGAAGAAGAAAGAGCCGCCUUGUUUAUAUUUUCUUUUUACGGCCUUCUCUUCUCACACACAUAAUUCUUGAUUUUUUUUUUUUUUUUGGGGGGGGGGGGAAUCAAAAAAAACAGAAAUACUGCCGUUAAUCAUGCGUCAUAAGUUUCUUCACUCAAACACACACAUAAAGAAGAAAAACCACAGCAAAAAUUCAGAGAAAACGCCUAUUUAUUCUCUCAAAACAUACAACUGGGCUCUUGUGUACUAUCGACCGUGUUGUACGUCCUCCUCUGUACAGAACAAAGAUACGAAACAAACAUUUUGAAAUCAUUUUUUUUUUUUUUUGUGAACGUUUUUUUUUAUCCCCUUUUCUUUUACGCGUGUAUAAAUGAAGAAAUAAUUCUCUAAUUUUCGUUUUUUUUUUUUUUUAAUCCCUGCUCUGCCCCGUUAUUGUUUUGGUUUUUAUUGAUAUAUCUUUCCUACCCUUCUACUCCGCCGUCUGUAUGCGUGCGAAUGUGCGACGCGUGUCCAUAUUGUUUUGUGUGCGAGCGUGUGUUUCUUUUUUUUUUCUUCUUCUUCUUAUUUUUUAUUUCUAUACAAAAAAAAAAUGUUUUGUGUUUUGUCUUUCUUUUGUUUUGAUUUCGUUAAAGCAUCUCUACGGUGAGAACAUUAUUAAGAGCGCGGCGUUGCGUGUUCUUUCGAAUUGUAUUUGAAUUUAUUACACAUGGUGUGGAUGCAA